GUUUUGAAACUGGAUUAUUUGGAUUAAAUAUAUCAUUUGGAUUUGAAGUGUUAGUUGGAGAGAUGGUAGUAAAUUUUAUAGUUGGGGAUGAAUUUAAUGUUAAUGAAUUUGGAAUUUCAUCUGUUUUGGGAUUUGGAGGAUUAAUAAUUGGAGGUGAAUUGAUUGGAGGAAGCACCGGAUUAUUCGGGAUUACAGAAGGAUUAUUUUGUUCCGGAGGCUGUUUCGGUUGGGAUGGGAUAGAAGGGUUCUUCACGCCAUUUUCGGUAUCCUUUGCAACAUCGGAAGGUGUAGAAUUUUGUGUUGGAGUUGCUUCAUUUUUUAGAGAUGGAAUAUUUUCACUAUUGUCAGUAGGAGAUUCUUGUGUUGGAAUUACGACAGUACAUGUUGGAGAAGGAAAAUACCUUGAUUUGUUGGUGGAGAUGUAA